AUGGGGAAUAGUGAGCAGGACCACCACCCUUCCGCCUUGGCCGAGCCGGAGGAGCCGCCCGGCUUCUUCCUCUGCACGUACUGCGACCGAAAGUUCUACACCUUCCAGGCGCUCGGCGGUCACCAGAACGCGCACAAGUACGAGCGCACCCUCGCCAAGCGCCGCCGGGAGAUUUCCGCUGCCAUGCGAGAGCACGGGGCGUCCGUGGCCGGUGCCGACCAGGUCGUCGAUGCUUCUGGAGCUGAGCCUGAGCCUAAGAGGUCGAGGCCGCUGGAUGCGCAGCAUGUUGUUCCGGUGCCCGGGAACGACGUCGAGCGCACCGACGAGCUGGACUUGUCCCUCAGGCUAUGA